GAGAGGUGGUGGAACUGGCGGAGGCAGUGGGACCAGCCCGGCUCCCGCAAUCCUGGGGCGCGGUGCGGGGAUGGGCGGGCGCUCAGCGCUGUGCUUCUCGCCUGCUGGUUAGGCGGAGCAGGCUGAGAGCCGCGCGUCUGCGCGCGAGACCCCGGGGUCCCGCCGCCCGCGGUUUCUCGCGCUGCGCUCGCUCCGCCACACUCCGCCGCUGGGGUGGGCAUCCCCAGACAUGAGCGCCCCCGCAACGCUGCCCCCCGGGGGCGAAGAAGGGCUCGAGACCACCUGGCCCCCGGCGGCGAACGCUAGUCGCGUCCCGGCAGAGGAAGAGGAGGAUACGCGGUCCGACGGCACCGGGACGGCUGGCAUGGUCACCAUCCAGAGCAUCUACGCGCUAGUGUGCCUGGUGGGUCUGGUGGGCAACGCCUUGGUUAUCUUCGUGAUCCUUCGCUACGCCAAAAUGAAGACGGCCACCAACAUCUACCUGCUCAACCUGGCCAUCGCCGAUGAGCUCUUCAUGCUGAGCGUGCCUUUUGUGGCUUCAUCAGCCGCCCUGCGCCACUGGCCCUUCGGGUCGGUGUUGUGCCGCGCGGUGCUCAGUGUGGACGGCCUCAACAUGUUUACUAGUGUUUUCUGUCUGACCGUGCUCAGUGUGGACCGUUACGUCGCGGUGGUGCACCCUUUGCGAGCCGCCACCUAUCGGCGUCCUAGUGUGGCCAAGCUGAUUAACUUGGGCGUGUGGUUGGCGUCCUUGCUGGUCACCCUGCCCAUUGCGGUCUUCGCAGACACCAGGCCGGCUCGGGGCGGCCAGGCAGUGGCUUGCAACCUGCACUGGCCUCACCCGGCCUGGUCGGCAGUCUUCGUGGUCUACACCUUUUUGCUGGGCUUCCUGCUGCCGGUUCUGGCCAUUGGCCUGUGCUAUCUGCUCAUUGUGGGCAAAAUGAGAGCCGUGGCACUGAGGGCUGGGUGGCAGCAGCGGAGGCGCUCGGAAAAGAAGAUCACUAGACUAGUGCUGAUGGUAGUGGCAGUGUUUGUGCUCUGCUGGAUGCCUUUCUAUGUGGUACAGCUCCUGAACCUGUUUGUCACCAGCCUUGAUUCCACUGUCAACCAUGUGUCCCUCAUCCUCAGCUAUGCCAACAGCUGUGCCAACCCCAUUCUCUAUGGCUUCCUCUCUGACAACUUCCGUCGCUCCUUCCAGAGAGUUCUCUGCCUGCGCUGCUGCCUCCUGGAUGCUGCUGGGGGCGCUGAGGAAGAGCCCCUGGACUACUAUGCCACUGCUCUCAAGAGUAGAGGUGCGGCAGGAUGCAUAUGCCCCCCACUCCCUUGCCAGCAGGAGCCUGUUCAAGCAGAACCCAGCCGCAAGCACGGUGCCCUCACUGGGAUCACCACUUUCUGAAGACCCUUCUCACCUUCCACCCAGCCUGGCCACCUCUUUCAGGGACUGCACCACCUGUACAGCCCAACAACUGCACCUCCUGGAUGCUCACCUAAAGAACAACCACCUGUUCCCACUUAAGCCCUCUCCUCUCAGCAGUGUGUGACAUCCACAAGAGCACUGAACUCCUCUACUGUUCCCCUCUCCCCAGGACUCUGGCUUUCAGGAGAACGCCUUAAUGGGGGUAGGACUUCUCUGGGAACUGGGCUAGGGUGUUGAUCAUUUUGGAGCCUCUUUCUAUUUUUGGAGGGAUGGGAAGCAGGAGGUGGCCAUAGGGGAAUAGCCACCUGUGUGUGACUUAUUGCAGUGACUGCUUGGAAGAGGAAUCAGAAAGGUAGAGGCAGGCAGUAGCCCUUGCUUUUAGCAGGCUUUUUGCCUUGUGAUGGGAAUCUAGCAUGUGCAGAGAGAGAAGCAAGGAAGAACACUUCCAAGCAUAUUCCCUUUGCCUGUUCCUGGGCUCCUGUUGCUAAGUGAGAUUUCUGUGCAACAGCCUGAGGCACUUGUUCUGUGUACCACCUCCCCACCAUCCCCUGACCUGACACCUGCUUGUAAUCAUAAGUGUCCAGAUUGGUAUCCAGGGCUAGUAGCAGGUUUCCUGUGAGUGAAAAAGGUUUGUAAAGACAUGCUGCAGGGUUUGCUACAAGGCAUAAAGCCAGGUCAGUAAUAAAAACGCAGAGGAUAAAAUCACAGCUAGCUCCUAUGAUGUGUUUCCUCCCCCCAUCCUUGGGUGUGGGAAUGUGAGACCUCAUUAUAUCCCCAAUUUAUACCAUGGUGGAAAAUGGGAGGGGACAGGAAAAGAACAGAGUGGAGGGAAGUCAGCCCACAUUUUUAAAGAGGAGCAGCUCUGUCACUCACUAUUUGAAAAUAUCGACAUUCAGCUAAAACAUCAGCAGGAUGUAGCUAUUAAAUGCAGACUGAACACAGUAAAAGGCUGUGACUUUGUGUCUGGUAGGUUAACCAAAGCGUGGGUUAUUUUUUUGCUAAAACGAAAAGGCUGCUUGUAAGCAGCUUUCCCUCUGAUAAAAGCAGAGCAAGGGGCUGAGAAAAUACUUGUAACACUUAGGUUGGUAUCUGGAGUGAGAAUAUGUGAUUAUACAGGGUCUGAAGUGCUUUUUGGGAGACCCCCCCCACCUGGCUUAACCUAGCAAAAGAUACUUUUAGGUUUGUUUGGGACUGUCCUGAUGAGCCAGAAAGAUAUGUCAGGUGGGAGGGGGAAGAACAGUCCAAGGGUGAGCCCCUUUGUAUUUCAGAGUAUCCUUGGAGCAAGUGCUCACAGCUUCCUGGCAGAGGUCUUUAAGAGAAAACACCCUGGUCCUCUCAGCCUUACAGUCUUAAAGUCAUGACUGAGUGUCUCCUAGGGCAGCUAGGACAUGUUCCAGAAAUGGGUACAGGGGAGCUGCUUGGAGACUAAUGAGGGUCCACACAGGGCCAGGAGGCAGGGCAAGAAGCCCAGAUCCAGGUGCCUACUGCCACCUGGAUCUUGGCUUCUCUCUAAGAGCCUGUAAAAGCAGGUGAUGGCACUCUCCUGAGGAUUCUGCACAGGAGCCAGAGUUUUAUGUGAUAUGAGCAUCUCGCUGGUAUGCAGAAUCACGUAAGAGAGCCGAGUUCUGGUCUCAAGCAAAAAUGUCAUAAAACUCAGGCAGAGAACUCAACCCCUGAUCUUCAGAGUUCCCACCUGGAAAAUCAACAGGUCUUUCUAGUACUGGCACAGGAUGACUCCUGGGGAUUUCACUUUAUACUUUUUUUUUUUUUAACCUAUGAGACUAUAGAUUCCACUUCUUUCUUUUAAAAUUAAAAAAUAAGAGUCUUUAGGUCAACUGUCUUUGGACAUGUAACCGCUGGAUACUUAAUGACUCUCCAGCCCUCCUUGUCUACCUAGCCCUCCAAAUUGUCAGCCAGCAGAAUGCUCAAAGAGUGUCAAUCAGCAUUGGCUGAUGUGGAGGGCUAGGUAGUCAAGGAGGGCUGGAGGGUCAUUAAGGUCUGCACAUUCUGGUGAUCUUCAUCUACCCCAGAUAUGAACAAGUCUCCACUGUAUUCUAGAGCCUUUUGAUCCCACACACAUGUAUAGGCACAUGCACACAUGCAGCACACACAUAUAUGCACAGACACCAGCAGCUAUCUCUAACUUGUCUGUACGCUCCAGAAUCACCCUGGGCAUCCAGAAUCAGUCGGUUCCCAAGUCUGUGCCUCAUGUAACCAUAAUUUCUUUAACAUCUUUAAAACUGAACUAUUUCUUUGUUCCCCAGUGCCUGGUGGGGACACUUUAUAAAUGUGCUUAGACCACACUGCAAGAACCACACAGAUUGAUGGCAAUGAAGUGUAAGGUUCCUGGCACUGGCAACAAUGAGUCAUAGUAAUACUCAUCCAUAGCUGCCCAGAUUACAACAGAAUUGGACACAUUCCAUAUUUAAAACACAGCCUUUUAACUUAGGUGAUGAUGGUGAUGGAAAGGCAGCUUCCAGAGAUGGGGAGGAAGUCACCAGCAACAGGGACCUCAGCUACCGCCUGGAUCCAUGAGCAGAGAUUUAAGCUCACUAAGCCUCCGUUGUUUCUUGCUUGAAAUAUGCACAAAGUGAUGUUUUUGAGUUUUGAGCUCUUCCCAGACAUAAACUCUUUUCUUAUACACUGGAGAGAUGGAGAGAGUGGUAGGCAGCAUUCUUUCAUACUUAACUCUCUUUCCAUCACUUGUGAAACGUGUAUUCACACUGCCCUCCACACUUUAGUAAUAAAUCUUGCAGGGGCAGAAGGAGAUUCCUAUUGACUAUUCUCUUCAUUAGCUGCAGAGCCUUUUUUCAAUUCUCAGGGCUGAACACCUGAACAGCACCAAGACAUCCUGAGCAUGGGUUUGGAGUCCUGCCACUUUGAGCUAGUGGCCAUCAAUCCCAAGAUCCUUGUAACAACUGGUUGUACAACCUUGUCCCUCUUCUUUAUGUGCAAACCUGAAGUGAAUUAAAGUCACUGAGCUGGGUCCUGAAAGCCACUUACUUUUAUAUUCCACAGACUUGGAGGUAGCAAAGGAGGUGCACUUUGAUGAUGGUCUCCCUCUGCUUGCUAGGACUAGAAUUCACAGUUUAAGAUUUAAACAUGAAUGGGAAUAUUUUCUGUCUCAGGUACAAACAGCCUUUGACCCACCCUUCAAUACAUCAGAGAAUUUGCUUUGCCUUUAAAUUGCCUUUAAUUUAUUGUACUAUUGCAAGCCAGAUGUUCAGCUAUCCCAGACAGUAGAGAAAAUGGUAUUUGAACUUGACAGAUGAAUUUCAUCAGAGCUCUUGACCAGUUAGUUGGCACUCUAUCUUUGAGCAAAGAGAGAUAGCAUUUCACUCUCAUGUUGAAAUUUCUGGAUGCACAUCCAUUAAAAAAUAUCAUACCUGGCAUUCCUCAGGUCCCAAAGGCUGAUACAAAGAAAAAAAAAACAAAUGUGGCAUAUUUUUGCUAUGUUGCCUCAGAAACCUAAUGUGAAUCCUAGCAAAUUUCAGCACUGAAACUCUUCUCUCAUGAGUUAUAGGUUAUGAAUCACUCCCAUUUUUCACUUUAUCAUUUCUAAGGAUGUGACAGCAUAGCUUCAAAUUUCUUAAGCUCAAAUGUCAGAAUCUUAAGGCUGUGUUGGCUGUGACACCUCUAUAUGAUAGUCAAGAUUACACCCUGAAUCUGAAAACUUCGCUCUGUAGUUCUGUGUGCAGAUCGGGUGCCCUUGGACAGUGAGCCAAGUACUUCUCUCAGGCAAGGUAAUCAACUUCAAGAUAACACAAUGAAUCUACAGAGGCAGGAGCCCAGACAUUAUAGAGUGUGGAGAUUAGUGUAAAAGGUAGGCAUUCAUCAAAUGACCACGGAAGUGAAGGUGCAAUUCCAUUCUUAGCUGAAGUAAAACAGAUACAGGAAGGAAUCUGGCUUUUAUGAAAUGAUAUAAUAAAGACUUCCCUAGUAUCAGAGCAGGUAUCCCUGGAGAAGGUCGCUGGAAACACCCUCCUUCAAAGAACAUGUGGGAAUUAACAAGGAGAGGAAGGAUGUGCAGUGCAGGAUUCUAAGCAGAGGGAGCAGCAUAUGCAAAGGACCUGCAGUGGGAACUAUUAAAAUGUCUUCAUGUAACUGAAACAGAUUCAACAGUAGCUGGGGAUGCUGGUUCAUCUGGAGGUGCUGGCAGAUACAAAGGGGGAAAAGUCUGUCCAGCAGCAUCUUAAGGAUUUAGUACUUUGUCCCAAGAGCCAAGGAACAGCAGUGACAAACUCUAGUGAGAGUGCUGGGGAUAUAGCUCAGUUGGUAGAGUGCUUGCCUCACAUGCACAAGGAUCUCAGUUCAAUCCCAGCACCACACACAUUAAAAAAAGAAAAAAACCCUCUAGUGAGAGAUUUGGGUCUAUGUGGCAAGAGAAGUCCUUCAUGGGGUCUUGUAUCCUUGCACAAUUGGGGCACAGGUGUCUCCACUUUUCCGGAAGGGAUUAGCAGGAUGAUGUCAUUUUUUAAAAACUUCAUUAACUUUGAAUCGACUGAAAAUCAGAGUUCCCAGCCUAAUGGGAUUGACUUAAUGUCUAACUGCAGAAGGCUACCCCAGGUCAUUGCUGUCACCGAAUGGACAUGCACCAGAGAAGGUGAGAGAAUAGACCAGGGACAAGUCCCAGCUCUCCCACUUGGCAGCUUUGCAUGACUCCUGGAAAGCAUCGUGGCCCUCUGGAGAGGGCAGAACAACAAUAUUCAACAAAGGUGCUCUUCUGCCUGGCUCAGAGGAGCAAAGCUCACCAAAUCACAGAUGAAGAGGAACCUGGAGUGUUACCAAGAUUGUGUGUGUGUGUGUGUGUGUGUGUGUGUGUGUGAGAGAGAGAGAAAGAGAGAGAGAGAGAGAGAGUAAUCAUUUAAAUUAGUCUUUCCAUAGCCAUUCUGAACAGACUGUGAUUCCUUUUAAAUCUAUUUUUAUUCAAAUCUAAUUUGCAUAUGGUAAAAUUUGCUGUUUUUAGGUGUAUAGUUCUAUGAAUUUUGACAUGUAGUUAUGAUUCUGUAGCUGCCACCCCAAUCAAGAUAGGGACUAUUUCUGUCACCAGCUACUUCCUACUCAGUGACUUUCAGUUGCAGUCUGAGGAGGGGGGGGCACAGAACGCAUUGGGAGAACCGGAGGGGUAUAGAAUUGGGAUGAUGCUUUCCCAAUGUCCAGCAAAUUUCCCUCAUUAUACCAUUCCUUGAACUCCUACCACCAGCCUGAGGAGUCUCAACCCUUUGACUCAGGAAGAUGCUGCUUUCAUUUUCUAAAUUAGAUUUUUGUUUUUGGUUUAAGCACUGAGCUACAUCCCCAAACCUUAUUUUGAAACAGGGUCUCACUAAGUUGCUUAGGGCUGGCCUUGAACUUGGGAUCCUCUUGCCUCAGCCUCUCAAACAACUGGUAUUACAAACAUGUGACACAAUGCCCUGCCAUCUCCUGCACAUAUUCGGGCAAGGGCUUGUUUCUGGGUUUGUGUCCCCUCCAGUUUUACCUUUGUUUUCUAUGGUUGCUUACCAUGCUCUGGAGAGUUGCUGACAAACUGAAAAAAAAGAAGCCAGGACUCACCCCAGGCCUUUCCUAGGGUUUCCUUUCUUCUAGAAUUACAUGUUAAUUUAUUUCCACAGGACCACCUCUUAGGUGAAAAUAUGAGAAGAAAGAUGGGAGUCAGAUCUUAGCAAAGAAACACACACACACACACACACACACACACACACACACAAUGGUGCUUGGGGUUUAUAUCAUGAUUUCCAAACAAAUGCAUUAAAAAGAGGACUCUUAUUAUAAGGGAGAUGGUGCCCGAGAAUUCAGAUGUCCAGUAUCUUUGUGGAAGGUGGAGUCCCUCUUCUCAGGGCAGGAGACUGGAGGGAGAAGGGAGAAUUAGGGGGGCUGUUGAAAAGCCCAUCUCUUCCUUACUGAGUAGGAUGAACGAUUACCAAGGCAGGGUAAAUUAGUAGUUGGGGAUGACCCCAGAGGGGGAUAUGAAGAGAACAAUAUUAGAGAUGCUGCCAUGGUUGGAAAAUAUAAAAAAGAAGAUUCCUAUAGCAGCAUAAUAAUGGCUGUGAAAUGUCGUGUGUGUGUGUGUGUGUGUGUGUGUGUGUGUGUGUGUGUGUGUGUAUGAUGGUGGUGGUGGGGAUAGAACCCAGGGCCUUGUGCAUGCAAGGCAAGCACUCUACCAACUAAGCUAUCUCCCCAGCCCUGAAAUUUCCUAUUUUAACAGGAAAUCUCUGAAUCCUUGCACACCAUCACCCUUAUAAUAACAGGUUGCAGGCAGAGGUUCAAGGAAACUCUGGCCUAUAGCCUAAAUGGCAUGAUGGUUACAGACCCCAACUUUGAAUCCUAGUGCUUUUCAUUAGAUCACUGAAGCCCUCUGCUGUCUGCUCCCCCACCCUAAUUCACUUUGAGUGAUCAGAUCCCCAGGGUUCUUUUGUCUUUUGCAAUCACACUUUCAAAACAGGCUGAAAAGGAUAUUGAUUCAUUUAGAAUCUGAUGUUAAAACAAUGUUUAGUUUUUCCUGGGAGAGGAAAUGGACUGUUUGCCAACAUUGGAACCUGCUGACCAUGAAUAAAUGAAGGAAGGACUCACUUGAUACAAAAAGAUAGUCCAGAAACCAGGCAUUCAUUCUGGAAUAGGAAGAAAGAAGAACUGGGUAUUGCCUGUAUUACUUUAUGUAGAAAUACCUGCAUGCAUCCAGGAUAUAUUUUGGGAACUCCCCACCAAGUCAAGACCAUGAUAAAAAUAUGCUUUUAUAUUC